AUGGCAGCCAUACCCCUCCUCCGCCUAUCAUUAUCACCACCGCCACAAAAAACCCCUCGGUCAACUAUCUCGAUUCACCCUCUUAGAUCAAACAUCCUUUCACUUUCACCACCACAAUCGCUAUCACUCCGCUCAAAUUCCACCGCUCAAUCACGCCGACGUUCAAUAAUCUCAGCGUCAAACAACUCAACUCCGGUCACCGACAGAUUAAUCUCAGCCGCAGCAUACUUUUUCCCCUUCUUCAACGGUCUCCAAUACGGCCGAUUCCUCUUCGCCCAAUACCCCAGAACCCUAGGCCUCGCUCUCGAGCCCUUGCUACCUUUACUCUCAUUCUACCGUUCAAUUCCUUACGCAAGCUACCUCGCUUUCUUGUUGCUGUACAUCGGCGUUGUCCCUUGGUGUUUUCGAUUUUGGGAAGAACACCGAAAUUGCCGUUGGUUGGUGAUGCUGCUGGCAGGCAAUUUUGAAGAUUCCGAUGAGAAAUUGUUGUUGAAAACACAGUUCAAAAUGACUUACCCAGUUCUUGAACCAUUCUUGUCGUUGCUGAUAAAAACAUCUUGCAAAAAUGGAGACUCCAGAUUUAUCAGUCAAAUGGGUUUUUUGUUGCUUGAAAAUGGAGUGUAUGGUUUAGCAAGAUGUAGAUUUUGA